GGAGGAAGUGAAGCAAAGCACUUCCACCAUCAAAACAUUAUUGGUGCGCAAUGGGCGAAUGUGCGUCCAGGAAAUAACAUUUUCUUGUGUCGUCCUUUUGAGGAGCUCCUCUUAACAGCACACACACACUAUGCUUCAGCUGAACGACACGGUGGAGCCCGAGAGUCCGGGAGCUGCGGUUCUCCACCCGGCGGAGUCCGAGGAUGGGGUGGAGGUCGCCUUCACGCCACUGGAGGCCGGGCGGGGUCUGGGGCAAGUAGAUUCUGCAACCUGCUGUCGGCCGUUGCAGACACUGACGCCUUUUCACGUACACAACCCCACCAUGCAAGCCAAAGUCAAGGACUAUUUUGUGUUCAGGCCAGGUACCAUCGAGCAGGCGGUCAGCGACAUCCGGACUGUGGCCCUUCCCUCUGAGGAUGGAGAGGUGCUCAGUGUCUGGCUUCUGGCUCAAAUAGACCACUGGAAUAACGAGAAGGAAAGACUAGUCCUAAUUACAGACCGGUCCUUGCUGGUGUGCAAGUAUGACUUCAUUAACCUGCUGUGUCAGCAGGUCAUCAGAAUCUCGCUCAACGCCGUCGAUACCAUCUCGGUGGGAGAGUUUGAGUUCCCGCCCAAAUCCCUGAACAAGCGAGAGGGCGUUGGUGUUCGAGUCCAGUGGGAUAAGCGUCCUCGGGCCUCUUUCUUAAACCGCUGGAACCCGUGGUCCACAGAUAUGCCCUACGCCACCUUCACAGAGCACACCAUGGCCCGCGCUGACGAGAAGGUAGCCUCCCUCUGCCAGUUGGACAGCUUUCGGACCCAACUGGUACAGGCCGUAAAGAGAGCACACAAGGAGCAUCCCAUACCCGGUCGGGCCAAUGGAGUCCUGAUUCUGGAGAGACCCCUGCUCAUAGAGACUUAUCUGGGCAUCAUGUCCUUCAUCAACAAUGAGGCUAAGUUGGGCUACUCCAUGACCCGUGGAAAGAUUGGUUUCUAGAGACAUUAUCUCCAAGCGAAACACCAGCCUUGGGGUUUCUGUGUUGUGUGUGCAGUGCAAAGACAGUCAAAGUGAGACUCCACAAGUUGUUGUAGCAGACAAGUGGUCAAGCAGCUGAAGACUUGCAUGGACGUUUUUUUUUUUGUUGUUUUUUCUUAAAGUCCCUUUCCUUCAUGAGCUGCCAUACUUGCAUGGGCCCCUCGAGUGUAUGGUCAUGUGACUUAAGUUGGUAAAGAAAACCAAAACAGCGUAUGCCUUUUUAUUCCACUCUGUAUACCCUGUCUGAAACUGGCUGUCUUGAGGUCUUAUGCUACUUCUUUGACCCUUAACUUUAAAUGAAUAUUUGCUUCGAGUGAUGACGACAUUCAUGGCCUAUGAUGAUAUGUUAUGUUCAAUGAAUUUUAACGAUCAUGCGGCCACACUUUUAUGUCACAUGGUAUAGAGGAAUAACAUUGCUAAUAGGGGGAUUUGCACUACCAUGUGCAAUGAACUACAAUAAUAGAAUAUUCCUUACAGUGGAAACAAUAAAUGAUCUUAUUUGA